AUCUCACACCUACUCUCUCAUUUCGCCCCGAACCUCCUCAUCGUCUUUUCUCAGAAAACCCUAACUAAUAUUCCUCGAAUAAAUAUUUCCUAAUUUCUUUUUUUUUUCUUUUCCUUAUAACUCUUUUUUUACUCCGAAGAAACAAUUUCUACUUAUUUACUUAUUUUUUGCAUUUUUCUACGGUAUUUUCCCCUAUUUUCUCGUGGAAUAUUAUACAAAAUUUUCAAUAAUUUUCAGAAAAAGAAGAGAUUUUUCGAUCUGAAGUAGUUUGAAGAACAAAACAACAACGCUUAGAUUCGUAGAAAAAAUUUGAAUUUUUUAUAUAGAGUUUGCGACUUUUUAUGCUAAUUAGGUUUUUUUUUUUUUCUUUCGGCAAUUAGUUUUCUACUUCGGAAAGAGUUUUGUAGGGAUUUUAGGGUUUAUAGAUUCAUCAGAUAAAAUUAAUGAAUACGAAUUAAAGUAGAGUAAAUAAUCAGAGAAAAAAAAUUAGAAUGUCUGGUGGAGAAUCGUACGAGGUUCAGGUUCAAUCUUCGAUGCACAACGUUCGUUUAGGUUAUAGCGGCGAUGGCUCUGCUAUGUACAAACCGAUGGUUUCGUCACCCUCUCCGACACCUACGUAUCAGCUUACUGUCAGUGGUGUUGGUGGCGAUGGGUCUGCAGUUGCGGCGGCGGUGGCGGCUCCUCAGCCGAGCAUCAACACCAGUGCCGGUGAAUCGAUGAAGAGGAAGCGAGGGAGGCCUAGGAAGUACGCUCCGGAUGGUUCUAUGGCUCUUACGGUGAAAUCUACUCCACCGUUGUCCGGAACGGUACAGCCUCCUACUCCGCCAUCCGCUGCGACCGGAGCAGUGUCAGCGUCGUCGGGGAAGAAAAGAGGCAGGCCGUUUGGUUCCGGCCGCAAACACCAAGUUGCUGCUCUAGGAUCAGCUGGGGUUGGAUUUACACCACAUAUUAUAACAGUGAAAGCUGGAGAGGAUGUUCUGGCGAAAUUAAUGACAUUUUCUCAAAAUACCACACGAGCUGUUUGCAUUCUGUCAGCAAAUGGUGCCAUAUCCAACGUAACACUUCGCCAAGCUUCAACAUCUGGUGGAACUGUAACUUAUGAGGGACGAUUUGAGAUCUUGUCUCUUUCUGGUUCAUUUCUGCUGACAGAGAGUGGUGGUCAGCGCAGCAGAACAGGUGGGUUGAGUGUCUCACUAGCUGGGCCAGAUGGUCGUGUUUUAGGUGGUGGUGUGGCAGGGCUCCUAACUGCAGCAGCCCCAGUUCAGGUAGUUGUCGGUAGCUUCAUGGCUGAUGGUCGGAAGCAAUCAAAAUCAGGACAAGCUGAAGGUUUGAUUUCUCCACCAAAGCUUGCCUCAGGAGCAUCAGUGGGCAGCCCCCAGUCACGUGGAACACUAAGCGAGUCCUCAGGAGGGCCGGGAAGUCCUCUAAACCAAAGCACUGGAGCCUGCAAUAACAACAAUCCGCAGGGCAUGGCUACCAUGCCUUGGAGAUAGAAUGACUCAUGUCAGAAGUGACUCGCUUGUUCUCAACACCUUUUUCCUGGGCAUGUGCUUUGCAUAACCCCGGUCCAAAGUAUUAGGAAGCUUAAUGUGUAAUUUACGAAUGUUUAUUCCUGCAUUGUAUUAGCCUAGUUGCAGUGGUGAAAGACCAUGACCGUAGUUGAAAGGUUCCUGGGUUCUUAAAUCAUGGUAAGAAGUCUCUUGGAAUUUUGCUGUCAAUAUUCCCUUGUGAUCUCUUUUCUCCUAUUUCUGUUAUUGUAACACUUAACUGAAUGUGCUCUUUGAAAAAUAAAAACUCCUUGCA